CAAGACGAUUCGACAUCAGAAUCAGCGAGGAACGGUCUCCUGGCCUGAGCGUUCAUGGCUCGCAUGGUUUCAUACGACGCUAAAGCAAGGUUGGUGCAAGCACAGACCAGUUUGCGGUCUUUCCCGCUUCUUUUUGGACCAACGACACAACGCGAUGUGCAGCAGGGGCCCUUUCUUUCUUGGGGGGAAAACAAACGGCUCCAAGCAGCACGCUUUUGGAGCAUGAAAUAACAAGCGAUUUGCACGUCGCAAAUAACGGCAGUUUUGAUCAAGUUCUGAAAAAAUAAAUUCACACAACACACCCAGCAACCACCACUCGUAAUUCCGAAAAAGGAUUAGUGCCCUUUUGCUAUCGCCCACCUUCCCACUCAUUCCACCCUUCGUAAUCAGCACCAACCCCCAAAGCCGCAAUCCGGGCAGGCGCGCAGCCACCUGUUGAAACCUUUCUUGCCCUCUAGUGACCCGCUGAUUCCAUUUUGCAACCCCCCGUCUCCCGUGCCUAUUUAACCAGAUCCUCUCCCUCGCCCCAAACGCUCUCCAUUUCCUGUUCCUGUUCUCAGCCUUCUUGGUGUCUGCUUUUAUCCACAAACAGUACUCCAUCAAUCUGUGCAUCGCGUCACGGAUCAUCUAAAUCAAUACACAACCCCAUCAACUAAUCAACAUGACUGGACGCGGAAAGGGUGGCAAGGGCCUCGGCAAGGGUGGUGCCAAGCGCCAUCGCAAGAUUCUUAGGGACAACAUUCAGGGUAUUACCAAGCCCGCUAUCCGCCGUCUCGCCCGUCGUGGUGGUGUCAAGCGUAUCUCUGCCAUGAUCUACGAGGAGACCCGUGGUGUUCUCAAGACCUUCCUCGAGGGUGUCAUCCGUGACGCCGUCACCUACACCGAGCACGCCAAGCGCAAGACCGUCACCUCCCUUGACGUUGUCUACGCCCUCAAGCGCCAGGGCCGUACCCUCUACGGUUUCGGUGGUUAAAUGUGAUCACGAAGCUUUAUACUUCUGGUUAGGGGACGUGCACGACGAUAGGGAGAACAACAAACGAGCGAUUGAUUACUACAACAUUGGCAUGAAUCUUUGGGCGAAUUUUUGUGUGUUGCGAUUCCAGUUUUGAUACAACCGCGCAAGGGAAUGGCGUUCUUUGGGGCACACGGGUACUACCGCUUUUGACGGCUGGUUUUGGCAGGAGGCGUUGUGUUAGUCGUGGCAAAGGCAAAGGGUCGACUACAUCUUUGAUAUGAUGAGAAACAUACAGAGCGAGAUGGAUGAUGGAUGGGAACAUUUGUUGUCACAGUGCGUUGCGCAUUUCUUCUCUCCAUUUUUCAAUUCCAGCUGUCCCCGAAUGAGAGAAGGAAGAUGUGUGAUGGGCACGUAAUAGGCUAGUCAUCAUCGAUUACUUUACAUGAUAAUCCAGCGUCCUCUGCAGCGUGUCUCCUCAGCUUUGGCCCAAUACUACAAUGUCGG